AUGAGCCAGGUCAGGCAGGUCAUGCAGUUCCCUGCAGACACACUGGGGGGUGACAACGCCCCGCCUACGGUGCUGCAGGUCAGCUGGCUGGCUGCUCACUUCCCUCAGUGGCGCGCUUGCGCCCCCUCUCCGUGGGUGCUGCGAACCGUUGCCAUGGGUUACCGGUUGCAGUUCCGGGUCAAGCCGCCUCGUUUCCAAGGAGUCGUAAACACGACUGUCAACACCGAGGCGGCCAUGAUACUCAGAGAGGAAAUAAAGGCGCUAUUGCAGAAAAGAGCAAUACGAGUGGUCCCCGCUUCGGAGACAAACAAAGGUUGGUACAGCCGCUAUUUUGUUGUUCCGAAAAGAGGGGGAGGGCUUCGUCCCAUCCUCGACCUGCGAGUCUUGAACACGUAUCUACGUACUUACAGGUUAAAGAUGCUAACACUCAGACAGCUCUUGAAUGCAGUCGGCCCGGGAGAUUGGUUUGCGACAAUCGAUCUAACAGAUGCUUAUUUUCAUGUGGCUAUACACCCGAAACACAGGCAGUUUCUGAGGUUUGCAUUCGAGGGCGUAGCCUACGAAUACCUAGUGCUGCCGUUCGGGCUGUCGCUCGCUCCUCGCACCUUUGCAAAAUGUGUCGAAGCAGCGCUAGCGCCCCUCAGAGAGAGAGGCAUCCGCAUCUUAGCCUACCUAGACGACUGGGCUCUCGCAGCUUGUUCCAGAGAGCAGGCGGAGACACAGCUGUCACUGGUUCUGUCACACUUUCAAAAGAGCUCGCUAAUCCCGACCGCGCAAGUUUGUCGGAUCACAGAGUGGCCGCGUUUCAUCGCUGCCUCGCUCAGUUUCAGCUGGGACGCAGACUGCGUUUCCAGACGAUAUUACGCUUGUUGGCAUGAUGGCAUCUAUGAUCGCCGUAGUGCCACUUGGACUGUUAAAAAUGAGAGCGUUUCAACGCUGGACUCUCUCUCACCGCCUGUGUGCAUCGCGUCAUCCCCGGAGGAGGCUGGUGCUAGUGUGAUAGCGACAAUUCAGAGCGCUAGGGCCUCAUCUACUAGAGGCUUGUACGCUUACAAAUGGCGAGCCUUCGAGCAAUGGUGCCAGGACCGCCACACUCUCCCAUUUCAGUGCUCUAUUGUGGAUGUUUUGUCAUUCCUGCAGGAGCUGCUGGAUAAGGGCCUUUCAUUUUCGACAAUUAAGGUUUAUUUAGCAGCUAUAUCUGCUUGUCAUAUUGGCUUUGAUGGGGUGACACCAGGUGCACAUCCCCUCGCCAUACGUUUUCUGAAAGGAGUUCGCCGGCUGAGACCCGUGCUUAAGUCCAGUGUCCCUGCUUGGGACUUGUCUUUGGUGCUGGAGGCCCUUUGUAGCCCCCCGUUUGAACCCAUUGAGUCUGUGGAUAUGAAAUUUCUUUCAUAUAAGACCGCAUUACUUCUCGCUUUGGCUUCGGCAAAGCGAGUGGGUGACCUUCAUGCGCUGUCUGUGCAUCCCGCCUGUACACAGUUUUCUCCUGAUGGCCACAAGGUCGUAUUGCAUCCAAAUGCUGCCUAUUUUCCCAAGAUCAUGCCUGCAUCUUAUAGCUCAAUGGAGUUUGAGUUGCUGAGCUUUUGCUCCCCUCCUUUUGCAUCUGAGGAGCAGAGGAGGAUGCAUUCUCUUUGUCCAGUGCGUGUGCUACGCACCUACAUUGAGCGCACUCAGAAUGUGCGUUUAUGUGACCAGCUGUUUGUCUGCUUCGCCAAUCCAAAUAGAGAUCCUGCUUCUCAGUCAAAUAAUGGCGGAGUAUGCACCUUUUGUAACCCUUCCACUGGCCAGUGCUCCUCCACAUUACAGUGUCAGGGAGUGGAGAACCAAUGCUUCCAAUCAACCAUCAACAGUGGCACCAGCACGUAUCCAGGUUACGGCUGCGCAUCUGCAAACCUGUGUGCAGCUGCUUCAAGCCUGGGUUCUCUACCUUUCAUGCAGAGCGUUGGUACCGUAUCAGGUGUUGCCUGUUCUGCAGCACCAACUACAACCGCUGCCCCAACCACAACUACCGCCCCAACUACAACUACAACCACUGCCCCAACUACAACAGCUGCCCCAACUACAACUACCGCCCCAACUACAACUACAUCCACUAGCCCAACUACAACUACCGCCACAACUACAACUACAACCACCGCCGCAACAACAACCACCGCUGCGACCACAACCACCGUCCCAGUUACAACUACAGCCACCGCCGCAACUACAACCACCGCCCCAACUACAACCACCGUCCCAACUACAAGCACAACCACCGCCGCAACUACAACCACCACCCCAACAACAACUACAACCACCGCUGCAACUACAACUACCGCUGCAACUACAGCCACCGCCGCAAUAACAACCACUGCCGUGACCACAACCACCGUCCCAGCAACAACUACAACCACUGCCGCAACUACAACCACCAUCCCAACUACAACCACAACAACCGCAGCAACUACAACAACCACCCCAACUACAACCACAACCCCAACAACAACUACAACGACCGCAGCAACUACAACCACCGCCGCAACUACAACCACCAUCCCAGCUACAACUACAACCACCGCCGCAACUACAACCACCGCCCCAACUACAACCACCAACCCAACUACAACCACAACCCCCGCCACAACUACAACCACCGCUGCAACUACAACCACAACAACCGCCGCAACUACAACCACCGUCCCAGCUACAACCACAACCCCCGCCACUUCUACAACCACCGCCGCAACUACAACCACCCUCCCAGCUACAACUACAACCACCGCAGCAACUACAACCACCGUCCCAACUGCAACGACAACCCCCGCCACAACUACAACCACCACUCCAACAACAACUACAACCACCGCCCCAACUACAACCACCGUCCCAACUACGACCACAACCCCCGCCACAACUACAACCACCGCUGCAAUUACAACCACCAUCCCAACUACAACGACAACAACCACCCCAACUACAACCGCCACCCCAACAACAACUACAACGAUCGCCGCAACUACGACCACCGCUGCAACAACAACCACCGCUGCAACUACAACUACAAUAACCACCCCAACUACAACUAGUACCCCAACAACAAGUACAAUGACCGCCGCAACUACGACCACCGCUGCAACUACAACCACCGCCGCAACUACAACCACAGCCGCAACCACAACCACCGUCCCAGCUACAACUACAACCACUGCCGCAACUACAACCACCAUCCCAACUACAACCACAACAACCGCGGCAACUACAACAACCACCCCAACUACAACCACAACCCCAACAACAACUACAACUACAACCACCGCCGCAACUACAACCACCACCCCAACUACAACCACCAUCCCAACUACAACCACAACCCCCGCCACAACUACAACCACCGUCCCAACUACAACCACCGUCCCAACUACAACCACAACCCCCGCCACAACUACAACCACCGCUGCAACUACAACCACAACAACCGCCGCAACUACAACCACCGUCCCAGCUACAACCACAACCCCUGCCCCAACUACAACCACCGUCCCAACUACAAGCACAACAACCGCCGCAACUACAACCACCACCCCAACAACAACUACAACCACCGCUGCAACUACAACUACCGCUGCAACUACAGCCACCGCCGCAAUAACAACCACUGCCGUGACCACAACCACCGUCCCAGCAACAACUACAACCACUGCCGCAACUACAACCACCAUCCCAACUACAACCACAACAACCGCAGCAACUACAACAACCACCCCAACUACAACCACAACCCCAACAACAACUACAACGACCGCAGCAACUACAACCACCAUCCCAGCUACAACUACAACGACCACCCCAACGACAACUACAACCACCACCCCAACUACAACCACCGUCCCAGCUACAACCACAACCCCCGCCACAACUACAACCACCGCCGCAACUACAACCACCCUCCCAGCUACAACUACAACCACCGCAGCAACUACAACCACCGUCCCAACUGCAACGACAACCCCCGCCACAACUACAACCACCACUCCAACAACAACUACAACCACCGCCCCAACUACAACCACCAUCCCAACUACAACGACAACAACCACCCCAACUACAACCGCCACCCCAACAACAACUACAACCACCGCCACAACUACAACGACCGCCGCAACUACGACCACCGCUGCAACAACAACCACCAUCCCAACUACAACGACAACAACCACCCCAACUACAACCGCCACCCCAACAACAAGUACAACCACCGCCGCAACUACAACCACCGCCGCAACUACAACCACUGCCGCAACCACAACCACCGUCCCAGCAACACCUACAACCACUGCCGCAACUACAACCACCAUCCCAACUACAACCACAACAACCGCGGCAACUACAACAACCACCCCAACUACAACCACAACCCCAACAACAAGUACAACGACCGCAGCAACUACAACCUCUGCCGCAACUACAACCACCAUCCCAGCUACAACUACAACCACCGCCGCAACUACAACCACCACCCCAACUACAACCACCAUCCCAACUACAACCACAACCCCCGCCACUACUACAACCACCGUCCCAACUACAACCACCGUCCCAACUACAACCACAACCCCCGCCACAACUACAACCACCGCUGCAACUACAACCACAACAACCGCCACAACUACAACCACCACCCCAACAACAACUACAACCACCGCCCCAACUACAACCACUGUCCCAGCUACAACCACAACCCCCGCCACAACUACAACCACCACCGCAACUACAACCACCCCCCCAGCUACAACUACAACCACCGCAGCAACUACAACCACCGUCCCAACUGCAACGACAACCCCCGCCACAACUACAACCACCACUCCAACAACAACUACAACCACCGCCCCAACUACAACCACCAUCCCAACUACAACGACAACAACCACCCCAACUACAACCGCCACCCCAACAACAACUACAACCACCGCCACAACUACAACGACCGCCGCAACUACGACCACCGCUGCAACAACAACCACCAUCCCAACUACAACGACAACAACCACCCCAACUACAACCGCCACCCCAACAACAACUACAACUACAACCACCGCCGCAACUACAACCACCACCCCAACUACAACCACCAUCCCAACUACAACCACAACCCCCGCCACUACUACAACCACCGUCCCAACUACAACCACCGUCCCAACUACAACCACAACCCCCGCCACAACUACAACCACCGCUGCAACUACAACCACAACAACCGCCACAACUACAACCACCACCCCAACAACAACUACAACCACCGCCCCAACUACAACCACUGUCCCAGCUACAACCACAACCCCCGCCACAACUACAACCACCACCGCAACUACAACCACCCCCCCAGCUACAACUACAACCACCGCAGCAACUACAACCACCGUCCCAACUGCAACGACAACCCCCGCCACAACUACAACCACCACCCCAACAACAACUACAACCACCGCCCCAACUACAACCACCGUCCCAACUACGACCACAACCCCCGCCACAACUACAACCACCGCUGCAACUACAACGACAACAACCACCCCAACUACAACCACCGCCGCAACUACGACCACCGCUGCAACCACCGCUACAACCACAACAACCGCUGCAACUGCAACAACCACCCCAACUACAACUAGUACCCCAACAACAACUACAACCACUGCCGCAACUACAACCACCGCCGCAACUACAACCACCGCAACUACAACCACCGCAACUACAACCACUGCAACUACAACCCCAACCACUGCCACAACUUCAACCACCACCCCAACUACAACAGCCGCCGCAACUACAACCACCGCCCCGACCACAACCCCCGCCACAACGACAACAACCGUACCAGCUACAACUACAACCACCGCAGCAACUACAACGACCACCCCAACGACAACUAGUACCCCAACAACAACUACAACCACUUCCCCAACUACAACAGCUGCCGCAACUACAACCACCGCCGCAACCACAACCACCGCCGCAACUACAACCACCGCUGCAACUACAACCACCACUCCAACAACAACUACAACCACCGCCCCAACUACAACCACCGUCCCAACUACGACCACAACCCCCGCCACAACUACAACCACCAUCCCAACUACAACUACAACAACCACCCCAACUACAACCGCCACCCCAACAACAACUACAACGACCGCGGCAACUACAACCACCGCCCCAACUACAACAGCUGCCACAACUACAACCACUGCCGCAACCACAACCACCGCCGCAACUACAACCACCGCUGCAACUACAACCACCGCUGCAACUACAACCACAACAACCGCUGCAACUACAACCACCGUCCCAGCUACAACCACAACCCCCGCCACAACCACAACCCCCGCCACAACUACAACCACCGCCCCAACUACAACAGCUGCCGCAACUACAACCGCCACCCCAACAACAACUACAACGACCGCCGCAACUACGACCACCGCUGCAACUACAACCACUACAACUACAACCACCGCAGCAACUACAACCACCGUCCCAACUGCAACGACAACCCCCGUCACAACUACAACCGCCACUCCAACAACAACUACAACCACCGCCCCAACUACAACCACCGUCCCAACUACGACCACAACCCCCGCCACAACUACAACCACCGCUGCAACUACAACCACCAUCCCAACUACAACUACAACAACCACCCCAACUACAACCGCCACCCCAACAACAACUACAACGACCGCCGCAACUACGACCACCGCUGCAACUGCAAGCAGUGCCGCAACUACAACCACUGCCGCGACCACAACCACCGUACCAGCAACAACUACAACCACUGCCGCAACUACAACCACCAUCCCAACUACAACCACGACAACCGCGGCAACUACAACCACCGCCCCAACUACAACAGCUGCCACAACUACAACCACCGCCGCAACCACAACCACCGCCGCAACUACAACCACCGCUGCAACUACAACCACAACAACCGCCGCAACUACAACCACCGUCCCAGCUACAACCACAACCCCCGCCACAACUACAACCACCGCCCCAACUACAACAGCUGCCGCAACUACAACCGCCACCCCAACAACAACUACAACGACCGCCGCAACUACGACCACCGCUGCAACUACAACCAGUGCCGCAACUACAACCACUGCCACGACCACAACCACCGUACCAGCAACAACUACAACCACCGCAGCAACUACAACCACCGCCGCAACUACAACCACCGCCGCAACUACAACCACCAUCCCAGCUACAACUACAACCACCGCUGCAACUACAACCACCACCCCAACUACAACCACAACCCCCGCCACAACUACAACCACCGCCCCAACUACAACCACCGUCCCAACUACAACCACAACAACAACAAGUACAACCACCGCUGCAACUACAACCACUGCAACUACAACCCCAACCACUGCCACAACUACAACCACCACCACACCAACAACUACAACCACUGCCCCAACUACAACAGCUACCACAACUACAACCACCGCCGCAACCACAACCACCGCCGCAACUACAACCACCGCCCCAACUACAACCACCACCCCAACAACAACUUCAACCACCGCCCCAACUACAACAACAACAACCACCACCCCAACAACAACUACAACCACCGCCGUAACUACAACCACCGCUGCAACCACAACCACUGUCCCAGCUACAACUACAACCACCGCCGCAACCACAACCACCAUCCCAACUACAACCACCACCCCAACAACAACUACAACCACCGCCCCAACUACAAACACCGCCGCAACUACAACCACUGCUGCAGCCACAACCACCGUCCCAACUACAACUACAACCACCGCCACAACCACAACCACCAUCCCAACUACAACCACUGCCACAACUACAAUCACCACCCCAACUACAACCACCACCACACCAACAACUACAUCCACCGUCCCAACUACAACACCCGCCGCAACUACAACUACCGCCCCAACUACAACCACCACCCGAACAACAACUACAACCACCGCCGCAACUACAACCACCACCCCAACUACAACCACCACCACACCAAGAACUACAACCACCGCCCCAACUACAACAGCUGCCGCAACUACAACCACCGCCGCAACUACAACCACCGUCCCAACUACAACCACAACCCCCGCCUCAACUACAACCACCGCUGCAACUACAACCACAACCACCACCGGAACUACAACCACCGUUCUAGCUACAACCACAACCCCUGCCGCAACAACAACCACCACCCCAACAACAACCACCACCCCGGCUACAACCACUACAACUCCAUCCACUACCCCAACUAUAACCACCGCCCCAACUACAGCUACAUCCAGUACCCCAACUACAACAACCACCUCAACAACAAGCACCCCAACUACAACCUCCGCCUCAACAACAACAACAACUACCACAACUACAACCGUCACCCCAACUACAACCACGGCUACAACUACAACCACUACACCAACUACAACCACGGCUACAACUACAACCACUACACCAACUACAACCACUACAAGUACAACCACUACCCCAACUACAACCACUACAACUACAAUCACUACCCCAGCUACAACUUCUACAACUACAGCUGCAGGAUCAAGUACAACUACUGCCUCCACAACCAAAAGCGAUGCUUGUUCCAUCAGACUGGGAAUGAUCCAUCUGCUGCUUGGACUCCUUCUCUUUACCUUUCAUUGA